AUGGGGGCCGAAUCCGAAAAAAAGGGGCACCCUCCGGCCGAGAACGCUCUUACCGCGGCGAGCUCGCCGGAAGAAGCCGUGAAAGAGGAGGGUGGCGCAUUCAAGGCCUACUUGGCCGUUGCCUUGAUCUGCGCGGUGGCCUCCGGUGCUGGUAUCGCCCUUCAGAACUUAAUCUUCGGCUCAUUUGUCACCAUCAUCCAAGACUUCACCACUGGAAAGUCUUCACCUGCUCACUUCCGCAGCGAAGCCGCCAAGCUCGCUUCCAGCCUCUACUUUGUCUACCUGGGCAUCGCGAGAUUCGUCCUCUCCUAUGGCUACAUCUCUCUGACAACCUUCUCUGCCUACCGCAUCACAAGGAACAUCCGUCACAAGUAUCUGCAUGCUGCUCUCCGGCAAGAGGUCGCCUUUUACGACAUUGGCUCCGGCGGCUCCAUCGCAACCCAGGCCAUCUCCAACGGACGCCUGAUCCAGGUUGGCAUUGCUGAGAAGCUUGCCCUGACGUUCCAGGGGUUGUCCGUCUUCGUCACCGCCUUCAUUGUCGCCUUCGUUACGCAAUGGAAACUCACGCUCAUCGUCCUGUGCAUCGCGCCGUUGAUCCUAGGGGUCAUGGGCGUGGUAUCGACGAUUGAGGCUUCCAUUGAAACCAAGAUCCUCAACAUCUAUGCCCAGGCUGGGUCCUUCACCGAGGGCAUCCUCUCCAGCGCCCGCACCGUCCACGCCUUCGAGAUCCGGACGAGGCUGGUUCAGAAAUUUGACAAGUUCCUCGAAGAUGCCCAUCGCCUGGGAAAGAAGAAGUCCCCGCUUUUCGGCGUUCUGUUCUCCUUCGAGUACUUUGUCAUCUACGCUGGCUUCGCCUUGGCUUUCUGGCAGGGCAUCCACAUGCUGAACCGUGGGGAGAUUACGGAGUCUGGAGACAUCUUUACGGUCCUCUUGUCAGUGGUUAUUGGUGCUACCAGUCUGACCAUGUUAGCACCCUACAUUAUCGAGUUCACCCGCGCUGCCUCGGCGGCCGCCCAGCUCUUCAAGCUCAUUGACCGACAAUCUGAAAUUGACCCCUUUGACAAGUCUGGCGAGCAGCCUACCGAGACCGUGGGUGUUGUUGAUUUGGAGAACAUCACCUUCGAGUAUCCCACCCGCCCUGGCGUUACAGUGCUGAAAAAUUAUUCCCUGCAUGUGCCUGCUGGCAAGGUGACGGCGCUCGUGGGAUCCAGUGGCUCUGGCAAGAGUACAAUAAUUGGCCUGAUCGAGCGAUGGUACAACCCCAAGGCUGGUACCAUCAAACUUGACGGUACGCCGAUUGAGAAACUCAACCUCAACUGGCUCAGAAAGAAUGUUCGCCUGGUUCAGCAGGAACCCGUCCUGUUUCAGGGAACCGUGUUCGAAAACAUUGCCAAUGGACUUGUCGGAACCCCGUGGGAGAAUGCAUCUCGUGAGGAGCAGCUGCGGCGUGUGCAAGAAGCUGCCAAAAUCGCGUUCGCUCACGACUUUGUCUCGCAACUUCCGGAGGGCUAUGAAACCAUGAUUGGCGAACGCGGAGGUCUCUUGUCAGGUGGGCAGAAACAGCGUGUUGCCAUCGCUCGCAGUAUCAUCUCGGAACCCAAAGUACUCCUCCUCGACGAAGCCACAAGUGCCCUGGACCCUCAUGCCGAAGGCGUUGUGCAACAGGCUCUGGACAAGGCAUCCGAGGGCCGUACGACGAUUGUCAUUGCCCACAAACUGGCUACAAUUCGCAAGGCAGACAACAUUGUGGUCAUGAACAAGGGCACUAUCGUCGAGCAGGGCACCCACGAAGGGCUCAUCCAGCAGGACGGCGCCUACACUCGUCUUGUGAGAGCGCAGAAUCUGAACGUCUCUGACGAUGGGUCGAUCACCGAAACGGAGGAAGAGGAAGAGACCGCCACGAAAGAGAAUAUUGACCUUACCAAGACCAUUAGCCGCUACCGAACCACAGACCAGGCACGCAUGGAGGCCCAGAAGGAGCGAGACAACUACGACAACUAUAAGCCGAUUGGUCUGAUCAGCGUCGUUAUCCGCAUGGUGCGCGAAACCCCGGAGUUGAAGUGGGCCUACAUUGGGACCAUCAUUGCUGUAGUUGGUGCUGUUGGCGCGUUUCCUGGCCAGUCAUUGAUCAUCGGGAACCUGGUCGACGUGUUCGCACUUACGAGCUCCGAGAUGAUAAGGAAGGGAAACUUCUACUCUUUAAUGUUCUUUGUCCUGGCCCUCGGUGUGCUUGUCUGCUACUUUGCCAUGGGCGUGACUACAAACAUGAUCGCCCAGGGGUUGAACCACAAGCUCCGAAAACAAUGUCUCAACGACUUCCUUCGGCAAGAUCUCCAAUUCUUCGACCGCAGAGAGAACAACACUGGAGCGUUGGCAAGUAGGCUCGAGUCCAACCCCCAGGCCAUUCUGGAGCUCAUGGGGUUCAACAUUGGAUUGAUCUUGAUCUCAACACUCAAUGUCCUUGCUUGCAGUAUCUUGGCCAUCGCUACAACCUGGAAGCUUGGCUUGGUCGUCGUUUUCGCUGGUCUACCGCCCCUUGUCAGUGCUGGCUACAUCAAGGUUCGCCUUGACGCCAAGCUAGACGCCAGCACUUCUAAGCGAUACUCUUCGAGCGCCGCCAUUGCGUCAGAGUCGGUCACGGCUAUUAGGACGGUGUCUUCCCUGGCCAUUGAAGAGACAGUCUUGAAGAGAUACACUGACGAGCUCGACCACGCUGUCUGGGCCUCAACUGCGCCGCUCUUUACCAUGACGGUUGCCUUUGGCCUGACCCAGUGUAUUGAGUACUUUUUCCAGGCUCUCGGUUUCUGGUACGGAUGUCGGUUGCUUUCCUUCCAGGAGGUCACCAUGUACCAGUUCUUCGUUGCGUUCAUGGGAACCUUCUUCUCCGGGCAGGCUGCUUCCCAGCUGUUCCAGUAUUCGAGCAGCAUGACCAAGGGCAUCAACGCCGCGAACUACCUGUUCUGGCUGCACGACCUGCAGCCCACCAUCCAGGAGACGCCCCAAAACCGCGAUGCUGCACCCAAGGCUGGCAACGAGCUUGGCUUUGAUCAGCUUCGCUUCUCGUACCCCCUGCGGCCUGAGGCGCAUGUCCUCCGCGGUAUCGACCUCGAGAUCAAAAAGGGCCAGUUCGUCGCCCUUGUGGGAGCCUCUGGUUGCGGCAAGUCUACGAUGAUUGCCAUACUCGAACGCUUUUACGACCCGGCGACCGGCACGAUCUGCAUUGAUGGUGACGCCCUUUCUGAGCUCAACCCUCGCCUAUACCGCCGCAUUGUCGCUCUAGUCCAGCAGGAGCCGACCCUGUUUCAGGGCAGCAUUCGCGAGAAUAUUGCGCUGGGUAUUGACGCCGAGUCCAUCACCGACGUGCCGGACGCGCAGAUCGAGACGGCCUGCCGCGCAGCUAACGCGUGGGACUUUGUGUCGUCGCUUCCCGAGGGCCUGGCAACCCCUUGCGGUAGCAGCGGCAUACAGUUGUCGGGUGGUCAAAGGCAGCGGAUCGCCAUCGCGAGAGCGCUCAUCCGCAACCCUAAGAUUUUGCUCCUCGACGAGGCGACGAGCGCCCUCGACACGGACUUUCAAUUUGAUGAGAAUUCCUCUACGUUUGCUUGGGACUAG